UUCCCAUUUUGCCUAGAUCUGAAAUUGUUUGCUUUCUUAUUCCGCUCCAUCUCCAUGAGGCACUCCAAUAUUUUAGUACUUGUCGUCCUGACAAUUGCUACACUGUUGGUUGGAGCAUCCAAUGUGGUGAAGCGUGAUACUGCACGGCAGUAUUAUGUUUUACGGUUCCCUUCCUCACGCAGUAAUGACAACUCCGACGUUGCGGCUGCCAAAGAUAUUGCUACCCACCUUCAGGUGCAAUACGAAGGUCCAGUAGGAGAAUUACGCAAUUACUUUCUGGUCAGCACGCCAAUCCAGACCAACAAUUCAUCCAAACGAUCGCUGGAAAAUGACGACGAUAUCGUGGCAGCCUUCCAUGGCCACAAGAAAGCUCGCCGUUUCAACAAAAGGGAUGAUGCUUGGAUGCGAGUCCAAAGCAUUGAGAAACAAGUGCCUAGACAGCGAAUCAAACGAAGCGUUAUUCCACUGGAAGCGAGAGCCCCUGUCAAAUCGCAAGGUCAACUGUUAUUGGAGGAAACGCGAAAGCAGUUACACAUAAAGGAUCCAGGUUUUUCUCAGCAGUGGCAUCUGAUCAAUCAGGAAUAUGCAGGAAAAGAUAUCAAUGUUACCGGCGUAUGGAGUCAGGGUAUCACUGGCAACGGAUCUGUUGUGGCUAUUUUGGACGAUGGCCUGGACUUUGAAAAUGACGAUUUGAAAGAUAACUUUUAUGCACCCGGUUCUUAUGAUUUCAAUCUCCAUGUGGAUCUCCCAAAGCCGAUGCUCUGGGAUGAUAAUCACGGUACUCGAUGUGCUGGCCAAAUAGCCGCUGUGAAGAAUGAUGUGUGCGGUAUCGGUAUUGCUUAUGAUGCCAAGGUUGCUGGUAUCCGCAUUCUUUCCGGUGAGAUAACAGAUGUAGAUGAGGCAGCCGCGCUCAAUUACAAGUAUCAAGAGAAUGAUAUUUAUUCAUGUUCGUGGGGUCCUCCUGAUAACGGUGAAACGAUGGAGGCACCGGUCGGUAUUUUGGCGGAUGCCUUCAAGAACGGCAUUGAGAAUGGUCGCGAUGGAAAGGGGUCCAUUUACGUUUUCGCAACCGGUAACGGAGCAAUGUCAGGAGAUAACUGCAACUUUGAUGGCUAUACCAAUAGCAUUUAUACUAUUACUGUGGGAGCCAUUGACUAUUCCGAUGCGCAUCCUCCUUAUUCCGAGAGUUGCUCAGCCCAGCUUGUCGUGACGUACUCAAGUGGUGGAGGCCAUUUUAUCUACACUACCAAUGUUGGUAGCAAUGUAUGCUCCGAUCAUCACGGCGGGACUUCGGCAGCUGCGCCCAACGCUGCGGGUGUGUUCGCUCUGGUCUUGUCUGUGCGACCUGAUUUAACAUGGCGCGAUCUUCAGCAUCUUUGUGUCCAGACCGCUAUCCCGGUUAGUCUACAAGACGAGGACUGGAAGCGAUUACCGUCUGGGCGACUGUACAAUCACAAAUUUGGCUACGGUAAAUUAGACGCUUAUGCUAUCAUCGAGGCGGCAAAGACAUUCAAAAAUGUCAAUAAGCAAACGUACCUGGAAGUGCCUAUCGUUAUGAACAGGACGAGUAUUCCGGAUUCGACAGAUCGAAAGACAAAGAUUCCUUUGCGUAGCACAGUGGAAGUAACCGAGGAGAUGAUCAAGGCAGCCGGUCUGCUUCGUCUAGAGCAUAUUACCGCCACCGUCAAUAUCGAUCACAGGUGUCGCGGCAAUGUGGUGGUGAACCUGGAAAGUCCCAACAAAGUAACGUCCGAGUUAGCCACCGCUCGCGGUAACGAUAGAAGUACAAGCGGCAUGAACAACUGGAAGUUCAUGUCUGUAAAGCAUUGGGAAGAAAAUCCUGUUGGAAAGUGGUCUUUACUUGUCUAUGACGUUGGCAAUCCCGAGGCAACGGGUAGUUUAUUGAAUUGGACUUUGACUCUGUUUGGUGAAAUGGAUCCUGCAGCGGACGAAGCGACGUUGAUUCAUCAUCCAGUAGCCAAUCAUGAUACGAAGCACGAUCACAGUACAUCCAUUGUUAUUCCGAAACCGACAAGUUCUAGUCUCUCUUCUGCAGACACGUAUAUACCACCGCGACCCACUCGCGUUAAACCGAAACCAGCCAGCACCACCACCACUACCACUGCCACUACCAAGCAUCGUUCUACUGUCUCCGUCACCGCCACACAAAGCCAUUCAUCCAAUAGACCUGCGGCAGACGAAGCAUCCAUCACACCGAGCGGACAGCCAAUCUCAGAAAAUAAAUCAGGUAUUAGCAGCACAAUCGCCUAUGGCUUGGUGGGAUCCGCCGCUAUUCUUAGUCUGGCUGGUAUCAUGUAUCUGGGAAAGCGUAAAGGAUGGCGCAAUUCCGCAUUCUCGAUUGCGGAUAGUCCAGGAUACCGUCGUUCUCCAGACGCAACGGCUGAUGAUUACGAAUUUAGCUUUCUCGGCGAUGAUGAAGACGAGGACGAAGAAGACGAAAGAGUUCAUAGUGAUGGACAGCCUCUUUUGCAUGAUAAGCCCGCUCAUACCCAGCAUUCAUAGAUAAAUGAUAACUUAUUUGUUUUUAGAAAUAAAGCAUUCUAAACUUUCACGAAGAUGUA